UGUUUACACUUUACACACUGGUGUCGCACACUCGCACCGCCACGUAUUUAUUUAGAAUUUCGUCCCACCGCAAUCAACGUUCAUUAUCCAGUAUGUCCGUCACGGAGAUCCCCAUUAUCGACCUGACAUCCUACUGGUCGCCGUCUGGCGAUGCGGACGGAAAUUUGGCUACCACAGUGGUCAACACGCUGCGCCAGCAUUCGUGUUUCUUAGCGCUGAACCACGGUGUUCCACAACACAACCUGGACGAUUUGAUGCAUCAGUCCCGGGAGUUCUUCGCACUUCCCUUGCCCAUCAAGAAUCAGUCGGCCCGCGAUCCAGGGUUUGCGCCUUGUGCGGGAUACGUGGGUACCGGGGUGGAGGCAGAGCCGGACGUCGCUGCACCGGAAUUGCGGGAGUGUUUCGAUCUGAUGCUCAGUUCCCAACCACCAGCGGCCGAUCCCGUGACCAUCCGUCUGCUCGACUGCAUGCGCACCGUCAACCAGUCCUUCCACAAACUGACUCUGGCCCUCUUCGACUGCAUCAGUCGCGGCUACAACCUCAACGCCACGCAACGCGACGACCUCUUCGCCGCGCACCAGCACAUCGGCGACGUCAGCCGCAACAGCACCAUGCUGCGCAGCGCCUUCUACCCCGCCAUGGCAACCACCCAGCUCACCACCCACACCCGUAUAUCUCCCGCACACCGACUUUGGGACGAUUUCCUUCAUUUACCAGGACGACGCCGGCGGUCUGGAAGUGGACCCUAACCGCGGCCGCUUCGUGCCGGUCCACCCGCUCCUGGGGGCGGUCCUGGUGAUGGCCGAUGAUGUGCUGCAGUACUGGACGGCCGGCGAAAUUAAAGCGCUGAAUCAUCGCGUGGUACCGCGCCACGACAACUACCACUGGCUGCGCCAGAGCUUGAUUUUCUUCGUCGAUCCCGACUAUGACGCACCGGUGGUGCCCUUUAACCAGCCGGAUGCGCCGCCUAAACUGGCGAAGGAUUUCGUC